AUGCCAUUCUCCAAAAUUUUUUUCCGGUUGUAUCUGUCCAAGGUUAACACGAAAAAGACCUCUCAAUCCGAUCAAUCUCCUGAUCGAUUGCUGAUUUAUGUUGGCCCGUUUGCAAAGGAUCUCAUGCUUUACAUAAGGUUGGCUGCAUUUUUUUGUGCUCUGGGAUUUUUGAUGACCCCUACAAUGUUAAUGUAUGGGAAGGCACCCGUGGCAGGCAUUAUAGCUCCAAUAGCAGUAACAAUUCCGACACUCUUCAUCAACAAGAUAAGCGCUACCUACGUAAGCCGUUUAUACAUCGACUUACCCGCCAAAAUCAGAUAUAACCCUAAGAUGCGAAGAACUUUUAAUCCCAAACUAAUAGAUCCGCCCGGAGGCAAUCCCACGAUUUUUAUGGAGACCUAUAAUUGGCUAGGUAUAACGCGCGAACAACGCGUGAAACUAAACGAAUUAAAAGAGUAUAAAGGAACGAACAAGUGGGUUACGUGGGUUAGAGCCGGUGAUGGCGGUGGAGGAAGACAAAUGAGAUUUUAUGUGGAAAAGGAGGCGAUGAGACGGGAUCCGUUUACCAAGGGCUUGGUGGAAUUUAUUGAGAAGAAGGAUGGCGUAUCACAGAUCGCCAAGUCGACGAUAAAGAAUAAAGUUUUGUCGUGA